GGAUUAUUUUGGUUGCGGUUUAGUGUUUUGCUUCACUUUGUGCUACUCCAAGGCAUGAUUUAGCGUCACUGGCAGGCAAAGUCAAAAGAAGUGAUGACAAUGUUGGCCGGUACUCGAGGGAUCCAGGCCGCAGUGCUGUUUUUAAUGGCUUUGGUUUUCUGCGAGGCGGUGUCUUACGCACAUGCUAUUAAAAGCUCUGAAGAUGUGCGUUGCAAGUGCAUCUGCCCUCCGUACCGUAAUAUAAGCGGCCAUAUCUACAAUAGGAAUGCAUCCCAAAAGGACUGUAACUGUUUGCAUGUAGUGGAGCCCAUGCCAGUCCCUGGUCAUGACGUGGAGGCUUAUUGUCUACUUUGUGAGUGCAAGUAUGAGGAACGUAGCAGCAACACCAUUAAGGUGACCAUAAUCAUCUACCUGUCUGUGGUUGGCUCUCUUCUACUGUAUAUGCUGUUUUUGCUUUUGGUGGAUCCACUGAUUCGCAGACAUGAUCCCUACACACAGCCACUGCAGAAUGAAGAGGACUCUGAGGACGUGAGACCUCAUCCAAGUGGCCCUCCAGGUCGAGGGAACACUGUGCUGGAGCGGGUGGAGGGGGCUCAACAGCGCUGGAAGAAACAGGUUCAGGAGCAGCGCAAGACUGUGUUUGACCGCCACAAGCUGCUGAGCUAAGCUCUUAGGGGGGAAAAAGAUCACUGCUGAGUUUUAUUUAAUUUACUUGUUUUAAUAGAUGUGGCUGUGUCUUGUUAUUGUAAGCUUUUUGAGGCUGUUUUCAUAGUUUCCAAUUAAAGAGGGGUGUUUAAAAUGAAUACAAUGAUUGCACCACCAAAGAGGACCAGCUGAUAUUGUCUAAUCAUUGUGGUGGUUACAUUAAAUAUAUAACCUGAGAAAUUUGUUUGUCAUGGUUGAAUUGAUUUAUAAUCCCAAAAGACGACUAUUUAGCAAAACACUGGAAUAUUGCAAAACACAACUUUCACAUUCUCAGCUUUUGCUCUUAAGAAGGUAAACAUUGUUUAGAUUUGGCAAGCCCAUGUAGUAGAUAAGUUAAAAACUGAAUAAAGGGUUCAGACUGUUUAUUCAUUUUUGAAUCUUACUGACUGCAGUGGCCACUUUUAAUACCAAAAUGAUAAUUGCACUUGAAUGUUGUACUUUCCAUGUGGGGGGUGGGGGUUUGUGACAUGAAUAAGCAUAUAGCUGGGUAAUAUGCAGGCACAUUCUGGCUGAUCUAUAAUCACCACACUAACUUCUUGAGACUGUUUGCACUUUUUCUGCACCAAUGAUAUUGGGCUGUGCAGUGGAGAUACAAUGCUGGCUUUGUAGCUCAAAUAAUAAACUAUGUAUUAUUUAUUUAAUUUAAUACUUUUUCUUUGGCUUGUUGUUCUGCUUCUCUGCCAAGACAUGGUACUUGGCUGUUUAUCGUAUUUAAGUGAUGACACCUUGCUGCCUAUGUAUAUUUUGAUCGUUUAGUGGUUGUUUUAUGUAUAAUGUCACUUAUUUGGUUGCAAGAAACCUCCUUGCUCAUGUAGUAUUGUACUUAAACUGAGAAAUGAAAUAAAUGCUAUGGUGGUAAAAGUUUA